AGGGAGGAGCCAGCCCGUCGGCAGUGGCGGACGCCAUGGUGGAGGCGGUGGUGGACUUUGUGAGGAAGAAGCACCCGCAGUUUGUUCGCAGCGUGAAGAUCCUGAUCUUCCAGACGGUGAUGAUUCAGGAGUUUCAUAAGAGCAUGAAGAGGAGAGAGGGAGAGGAGCUGGUUGAGAAGAGCGUCUUAACGAGGUUUAAAGACAGCGUCACUUCGUUUUUUCUGGGACUUGGUGAGGAGCGACCCGGUGCCGUUGACCUGGUCCUGGAGGGGGAGGAGUUUGAGCCCACAGUGUUUCAGCUGUGUGCCGACAACAAGAAGGCUGUGAGUCAGGCCAAAAGAAGGAUCGAGGACCUGAUCGUGGCCGAGCAGGCGGAGAGAACCAUCACAGACCAGUUCAUCGGGAAGCUGUCGCAGGCCGACAUGGACCAGCUGAAGGCACUGCAGCGGAAACUGACGGUCAGCAUCCGUCUGGACCGAGGACCGGAGGACCAGGAGCCCAAAAUCCACCUGGAGGGUCUGACCCGGGACGUCUUCACGGCCGAGUCUGCCGUCAGGGACAUCAUCCGGAGGGUGGAGCGCUCGGAGAACCUGAAGAGCAGAGCGCUGCUGCUGAGCGGGCUGGUGGAGUGGCACUUCGAGCAGGGCAGCGGCGUGACGGUGCCCUUCGACAUUUACACCAACCUCGCCCUGGAGGAGGCGCUGGAGAAAAAAGAGCGAAGCGUGAAGAUCAAGAUCAACAACGAGACGUACCUUGCAGACUUAACGCUUCGAAAGGCGGUGUCGGCGAACGGGAGAAAACAGAUGGAGCUGCUGAGGAAGGAGGUGAAAGAUGACGCCGCGCUGCCGUCACACUGGGACGACAUGUCGGGCGACCUCCUCAGACUGUUCCCUCUGACGGCGGGAUCCAAGGAGCACGGCGACGUGACGGCGGCGCUGACGCAGACCGGCCUCGCCGCGAACAUCAUCAGCAUUGAACGAGUCCAAAACACGACGCUGUGGCAGAACUACCAGCUGAUGAAGAAACAUCUGGAGGUGAAGAACAAACACACCAACAACGAGAGGACGCUGUUCCACGGCACCGGCGCCGACGCCGUCGACCUCAUCAACAAACAAGGCUUCAACCGCAGCUACGCAGGAGCACACGGCGCCAUGUACGGCAACGGCUCUUACUUUGCUGUGGACCCGGUCUACUCCGCUCAAGGCUACGCCAAACCGGACGCCAGAGGCCAAAAGCACAUGUACCUGGCCAGGGUCCUGGUCGGAGACUUCGCCCAGGGACGCGCCGGCUUGAUCACCCCGCCGUCCAAAAACUCCGGGAACGCCGCAGACCUGUACGACAGCGUCGCAGACAGAAAGAACAACCCGAGCAUGUUUGUGGUGUUCAACGACAUCCAGGCUUACCCAGAAUACCUGAUCACAUUCAGGUGAUCGGCGCUGCGCUUACGGCAGCAGGCCUGAUCAACAUUUACCUUUUUCUUCUUUUGUUCAGAUUCAUAGUUUACACGAAUUAUUCAACUGAAUAAUAAAAAACCGAGGUUUCAUUUUCUUGAUUUGGUUUUCGAAUAUUCAGGAUGUCUUAAUAAACAAAAGAAAAAUGAAUAAAUGAAAAUAAAGCACCGACACCAACUUUUAGAUUCAAAUUAGACGGAAAAUUAAAAUAAAAAAUUCAAAGUUCACUUUCCUUCACAUUGUAUUUUUGGUUCUGGAAAAUGUCUAAAAUGCUGUUUAUUAAAGUAACACUCCAGAAA